AUGCGUUUGGAAGAAUUUAGCAUUGAGAUUUUGGUAAAUGGACAACCAUUGGAGGAAUACAGUCUUCCGAUUGACAAUUCAAGUAGCGUUACCACCGGCAGAUCAUAUGUGAUCAGUAAUGAAUACACAAAGGAAAAGAAAUACAGCGAUCAUACGACAUAUGUUGCCGUGCGCGAACCAGGAUCACGAUUCGUAGUUCGUUAUUCGUCAAAUAGAUCAAGUCUGUGGAAUCCGAUGAUGGCCUAUGUUUAUGUAGACGGUGAAUAUGAUUAUACCUAUCGAGAAAUACUUUCACCAUCAUUUCGCGAAAAAGAUUGUUUUUGGAAUAAUUCACUCGACAAAAAAUAUUAUUUCAAAUUUGCCGUCACUGAAAUGAGCGACACCUCUAGUCUGAAUCAACUCACCGAACAAAAAUCAUGUGGAGGAUUAGGUGCGAUAUCAAUUUAUUUCUACAAAGCCAGGAUCAUUCCUCAGAAGAAUGUUGUCAUACCACCCUUCUCGGUGAAUCAAGCCCAGGUUUCAGAAUCGAAAACCAAUGUUGAUAUUAAAAUGACGACGGCAUUCGAAGAGGAAGGAGGAUAUGUAAACCGUCAACCGAUCUCUACCAUGGAGAAACAGAGUGAUGAUCCAAUUGCUGUAUUACACCUUCACUAUCGUCCCGUGGAUUGGCUUAGAGCCCGCGGAUUUGACAUCCCUCGUUUGACAUCACCACUUAAUUCGAACAACAACCUCAAUCUACAAACAACACGUGGACCUUCCGCAAUCACAAAUGGCGACAAUUAUAUCAAAGAUGAAUCAGAAAACGUGACCAAAUGCAAAGUAAUCCGAGAGUGCGCUGUUCAACCUGUGAUUGUCAUUCAGGAUGAUGAUGAUGAGAUAAUAAAUCCGAGUUUGUUUGGUGAAACCUUCAGUAAACGAAAAUAUGAAGAUAUAGAAGUGAUUUUAUUGGAUUCCGACGAUGAGGUGGAGAAGGCGGAAAACCUGGUUACAAAAAGGACGCGCAUAGAAUGCUAA